UUUCCUCGUCUGUCAGCUCUCAAGGUGCGAGAGUCCAACCUUAUCUCAUUGUUUUCAUCUCAAAUACGUGGCUUUUAUCAAUAAUAAAUGACAUUCCCAUCGCUGACACCUGACCUCUAAUCGAGGACAGCGUUUUGACACGGUGGUGGUGGUGUGAUGCAUUUCGAUCACUUUAUUCCAAUCUGAGGUCUCCUAUCUGGUUCAUAGUAGGCCUGUGCAGCCAUGGAACACUUGGCAGUGGAUGAUGACAUCUGCAUCCUUAAACACGAGACAGCCUACACUGCUGCUGGAGAGAGCCCUGUAUCAGUUUGUGCUGGCGAUGAAUCUGUAGCUUCUCAUUUCGCCCUCGUCACAGCCUAUGAGGACAUUAAAAAGCGACUCAGAGAGACUGAGCGAGAUAAUACUUUCCUAAGGAAACGAGUCAAGCAGCUGGAGGACAAGCUCUUCCGACCUGAGCCUUCAGAGGGUCCCCAAUAUGUGAACAAGGCCUUCAGCGCAUAUCGAGGUAUCUACAUUGAAAAGGAGGACCUGCAGCUGGAGCUUAACAAACUGAAAAAAGAGAAGUGUGAGAGUGAGAGGCUGCUGACAGAGCAGCUUCAAAGCAAAGAGCUGGAACUGCUUCAGCUCAGGACAGAGAUGGAUACCAGUCAAGUGAUGAAGAGCUUGAACAGUCCUAUGGAGUGUGUUAGUGCUGAGCAAAAGAUCCAUAAACUUCGGGAGGAGCUGGAAAGGAUGACACUAGAAAACAGCAGACAACUGAAAAUGAGUGGGGGGGAACUACAUGGCCUGAAUGGAGAAAACUUAGUACGAAUGUGCGAUGACAAGUUCACUAUUAGGAGGAAACCGGAGUGCCCGGAGGAAACCCACACAGGCACGGGGAGAACAUGCAUACUCCACACAGGCGGGUCUGAGAUUGAACCCGGGACCACAGAACUGGAGAGGAGCAUGCAGCAGGUAUAUGAGGAUUUAUUUUCAGAGAUGACUCAUCUGCGUUCAGGGCUGAGACGCCAAACAAGCCUGAUUCAGAAGCUGAAACCACUGAACAGUGAGAGAAGACAAGUUCCAAUUCAGUGUCUGGAAGAGAUUGAGACAAAUCACCAUGAGGUUCUGCAGGGACGAGUACAUCGACCGCCCAGUGCACCACCUCUGCCCUCUUGUUCUGGCCGCCCCUGUCCCCCAGUUGGUGGGCCGACCAGCACCCAGUUACCGGACAUCUUGAGAGAAGACUGUUGGUAUAAUGGUCCAUGGCCAACAGAGCAGUGCUCUGGAGAGGCCUUAAUUGGGAAUGAGACAUUUUCUGUCAUUUUGCCCCCACCUCCGCUUAACCAGGCCUCCAUAGAUGAUAGUUCUAGGUCCUUCCCCAGUCCCCCCAAACCUAGUGAAGCGCUUUUCUGGGAGGGACACUCAGCCGGGUCAAAUUCAUCAUCCUUGAUUGGAAACUGCAGCCCAAGGAGCCCUCCCAGUACAGAAUGGAUCAAACCCUUUUGAGGGGAACCUCAGUACAAAGACUGACUUUUGAAAGCCUGCCACAUAGCUAGCACCUAAUCUGCCUUAAAUUAAUAAUGCCAGCCCCCUGUGGGCUGUCCUGGAUUGGACCUGAAAGUUGUGGGAACCAGAUGAAAGCCAGAAGAGGCUUUUCGAGGUAAAGACUCAAGAUCCAUUGCAUACGUCACUGAUGACCAGAUACCACCUUGCAGAGACAAUGCAUAUGAGGGACCACAAAAAGAUGCAGUUUGUCCAAUGUACAGUUGAUAUAUAAAGUCCACACUCUCCUGUUCAAAUGCUAGGUUUUUGUUAUUAAAACAAAAUAGAUCAAAAUGAAAUAUUUUCAAAACUUUCAUUAAUGGGACCUAAAACCUCGAUAGCUCAAUUGGGGACAAAUGAAACUGUUUAGAGAGGGGAGCAAAAAUAAAUGGAGGUAAUGUGGUUGCACUAGAUUGAUCUGAUUGGUUGACAUGUCAACUUCACCACUUUACAAUGACAAUUAGAGACUUUUAAUCGCCAUACACCUGUUUUUCAUUAACAACAUGGAAAUUGUGCUAAAAUCAACAGGUGGUCAGUCAGCGCAGUGGUGCUUCAAGCAUAUGGACAUAUUUUACUAAAACUGAGGGUGAUUGCAAGGUCACUUACAAAAUAUGGUAGUCUAUCCUCAAAUAUAAUAAAAGCACCAGUGCGAUUAACACCCACCUGAAAGGGCAACUGCUAACACUUUGUUCCAAACAGCCUAAAUUCUCACAUUAACUAACAUCAACAAACACCCUCCUGGAACUUUGAAAAGACAGAGAAUAUACAGGAGCAUCUGCUUAGAUGAUGAAAUGAUGACAAGCGGUGGUUGAGCAGCAAGGUUUUUAUUGUGCAAAUGAACAGUUAAUGUUGGCCAAAAAAAAAAAAAAAAAAAACCUAAAACAAAACAUUCAGCUUGUGUUUCACACAAGCAUACAUCCCGCAGACACACGCUGGCAGAUUCCUCUUCCUUCUUCCAGUCACCUGACAUCCUAAGUCUCUCAUUCAUCUAAUCACAAAUCACACUCAGACACCUCCAAUCCCUCACUGUCUAAAUGUAUCUCACUCGAUCAAGAAUCCACCUAAAACGGUCGGUGGAAGGGUACUUACAACACAUUAUUGCAAAGCAUUCCCCCCUCCUGUGUGUGUGUGUUUUAAUUAUAGCCCUGUUGUGUGAAUUGGUGUUGGGCAUUUACCAUUUUUGUCUCUCUGCGAAUCACUUGGUAUAUGAAUGUGAUUGGAUGAGCUCGUCGGGGGUGGGGCGACUGUACACAAAGACAGCAGUAUGUCUAUGGUGGAGUGCAUGAUCUUAUAUUUGGAGGCUAAAGGCAAACAGUUGCAUAAAUAGCUAAUUGGCCAUUUAAAGCGUAUACAUGACAUCAUCGAUUAGUCGUCGUCAGCUCGGCUUUCAUCAACUUCGUGUUGACUACAAAAAAAUCGGAAAUCAUUCAACCCCUACUGUGUACGCCCUCUUGUAACUGAGAAUGUGGCUGUUCUGGCUCAACCAAUCACAUUUUAACUCAUUUUGAAUAGGAGUCAGCACACACCUGCCAACAUUUAAAGUGCCACUGAUUAACCCCAAUUAAAGCUUUGAUGUUCAAGUGGGCUUUUCCUGACAUUUUUGUAGCCACAUAGUACAGCAUAAGUUAUUUUCUACAAAGAGCUUCCACUGAAUAAGAGGGCUACAAACAUAAUGGUACAAAAGAAUUCCAUGGUUUUAAAAAUAUCAAAGAACCAGCACCACUUGGAGAAAACAUACUAUUGUGCAACAUGACCCAGAUUUGGACAGCCCUCCAAAAUUGCUGCAAAGAUCAGAAAAAAAAUGGCCUGGGUGGCUGCCAAGAGGCCAACAGCUACUUAGAAGGAACUGCAGGAAUAUAUGGCAAGUUCUGGGUUCUUUAGUACAUUGGAGAAUCAAUCUCCUGUAAUCAUCAUGUGGUUGGGUUGUAGGGUAGGGUGGCAAGAAGGAAUUCUUUCAUUCUGUGCACACUUUUUUUGAACCAAAUCUUCAGUUUAUUUUUGCCUUCACUCUCCAGACUUCUUUAAAUUGAAUUGUACAUGUUAUAGGACUCAAUAAUGGUGUAAAAAUUAAUCUAAUUUUAGGCAAAAAAAAAAAAAAACAACCGGCAUUUUGAACGGGUGUGCAGGUGUUUUAUAGCCACGGUAUAUGCGUGCCUUUAUACAUAGUUUGACUUCUCUGCAUUCAUAUAUCGGUAUCAGUCUGUGCCUGUUAGCAAAGCGGUGUGGUCAUCCCUGCCCUUGUAUGCAAGCAUCAUAUCAUUAAAAAUUGAAUUACUCACAAGAGCCUCUGUCAUCGGGGCCACAGAUCCUGCAGAGUACAAGAACAUGAGUCCUGUUGCUUGCUCCAUAUCCUCUGCGCCUCCUAUGUAUGUUUAAUCUCCAUUCAAUCCAAUAGCUUCAUCAUCGUUUGGCGGUGUUUAGGAAUGAGGCUUUGAUGUGUUUGUAUUUGUGCAGUGAUGGCGAUAGUCUAAAUUUCUGACUACAUGAAGUAGUGAACAUUUUGGUCUGUAGAUGCAUGUAUAUGGGCAUAUUUGCAAGUUGUUUUGGUAACUAUUUUAUGGGAUAUCAUCUGUCACGUCUGAUAUUGGAAUCUUGAAGAUUACAGGAAAAGGAAAUAUUGAAUACUCAAAUAUUGAUAAACACCAAAUUUCCCCAUCACAGAAAUGACCUCAUUACAUGUUUUGUGUUUACACCCAUUCUGGCAUUACUACUGAAAGACGCUGAUUAAAUUAGUGUAAGCUGUGUAUUUAAUUAUCUGACAGACGCACGCUGUGUGUUGGUAGUUAUAUCAGGAGCUUUUGAAUCACGGUGUAAUUACACCUUGUACUCUGCUCGAUGUAUAUUUAUGAUGUUUAGCAUUAUGAGGGAUGUUUGUCCAAUUUUUUUAAAUGUUAAACAACAGAAGGAUUCUUAACUCCACAGAUGGAACAAUAAUGUACCGUGUUCUGUAAAUGAAAUGUCUAUGGUGGGUUACUACAUUUUUACACUAACACCUGAGUUCUGUUUAUGUCUGCUUGGUUUUAAUAUCUACUGUAAAGGAAAGACAAUUAAAGUGAAGAAAUGUGAGCAGGGUCUUGGGGAUAAGGUGAAAAGGCUAGUCUUUGAAAAGAUUUGUCAUUUUUCUAUAUAAACUUUUUUUUCCAUUUUUUUUUUUUUUUACAGCAGCAGUUUCCUACUUCUGCAAAAAAUUUCAAAAAAUGCAAAUGUACAGUAGAUACCUAUUUUAGAUCUUAAUGCACUUAAGACUGUAAAUACAAUCAACUAAAGAAAUAAAUUUACUGAAAAUUUGCACCUCUUUUAACAAAAUGGGUAAAAUUGGAAGCAGCUAGUUUACAACUAAAACCUUUUUCUGAACCACUUCUUACAAAGGUCACAGGAGUGCUUAUCCCUAUCCCAACUCGCU